AAGCAUGUGUAAAGCGGCUGCAGACUGAGCCACUAUAACUGUCCCUGUUUUCAGUCAUUUUAAGCGUUCGCUCCUUCCUUUUCGUCUGCGUCUGUAUCUGCUGCAAACUGAGAGGCCAGCAGCACCACAACACACAGCCACACAGCGUGGAAGUGGGCGUCAAAAUCCCCACGCCACUUAUGAAAAUGGACUGAGUUUUUGUCCGCCCUUUCGAGCUAAGGCUUUCUGUUCACGGGGAGCUGAUAGAAGAUGACCCUUUUCUCUUCGCUUGAGGAGGCUUUGCUGCUGCUGUUGCUGCGUGGGGGAGUGGGUUACAUCCUGUGGCGUUUCCUGUGUUUGUAAACUAGACGGUACAGAAAACGUCGGGCGGCUGAAGCAGAAAGGUAGUUUUAAUGCUAGAUGAGUGAGGUGGGUGUGGCUUCCCACCAGCCCGACCAUCCUGACUGACGGAUCUCUGGAUGACCUUGUCCCCACCCCUGCCCCUGCGCUCACAUAUACAACAGCAAUGUCACAUCUGCCCAGCAGCUCAGUCCGCGACCAUAUGAAAUGGGCGGGGCUGCUUGGCUGCGAAGCUGUCCUGUCCAGUAUGGCCUUGAUGCAGGCCAGCACCAUGGCCGCUCCACCCAAAAAAAUGAUGGCUCCACUUGGCCACGCACCACCGCAGAGAGAGGGACCUGACCGUGCUCCCCAGAGCCAUAUGAUCCUCCCAUCUGGAAUGAGCUGCCCACCCCUGCUUAUCCGAAAGGAAGGUGAAUUCCAAGCUCCCCGCCUGCUGGAUGAGAAAGAGAUGAGGGCCAAUGAGGACAUGCAGCAGAAAAAAAAGAACAGGAAAUCAGUAACGCCCUGCAAAGUGAGAGAACAAGAAGGAAGGGGAGGGAAGGGCGCAGGUGGAGAUGAGAAUGGCCCAGCGUCCAAAGUGCAGAAAAACUUUAUUUGUGAUCACUGUUACGGAGCAUUUAGGAGUGGAUACCACCUCAAGAGACACAUCCUCAUUCAUACAGGGGAGAAGCCGUAUGCUUGUGCCGUAUGUGACAUGAGGUUUAUUCAGCGUUACCACCUGGAGAGACACAGCCUCAUUCACACGGGGGUGAAGCCGUACGCUUGUUCCAUGUGUGACAUGAGGUUUUUCCAGCGUUACCACCUGGAGAGACACAGACUCACUCAUACGGGGGUGAAGCCGUACGCUUGCUCCAUGUGUGACAUGAGGUUCUUCCAACGUUACCAUCUGGCAAGACACAGCCUCACUCAUACUGGGGUGAAGCCAUACGCUUGCUCCAUGUGUGAUAUGAGAUUUUUUCAACGCUACCACUUGGCAAGACACAGCCUCACUCACACGGGGGUGAAGCCAUAUGCUUGCUCUAUGUGUGACAUGAGAUUUUUCCAGAGAUACCACCUGGCAAGACACACUCUCACCCAUACGGGGGUGAAGCCAUACGCUUGCUCCAUGUGUGACAUGAGGUUCUUCCAGCGUUACCAUUUGGCAAGACACAGCCUCACUCAUACUGGGGUGAAGCCAUAUGCUUGCACCAUGUGUGACAUGAGGUUUAUACAACGUUACCAACUGGAGAGACACAGUCUCACUCAUACAGGGGUGAAGCCGUACGCUUGCACCAUGUGUGACAAGAGGUUUUUUCAGCGCUACCACCUGGCGAGACACAGCCUCACUCAUAUGGGUGUGAAACCUUACGCUUGCACCAUGUGUGACAUGAAGUUUUUUCAGCGUUACCACCUGGCGAGACACAGCCUCACUCAUACGGGUGUGAAACCUUAUGCUUGCACCAUGUGUGACAAGAGGUUUUUUCAGCGCUACCACCUGGCAAGACACAGCCUCACUCAUAUGGGUGUGAAACCUUUUGCUUGUACCAUGUGUGACAUGAAGUUUGUUCAACGUUACCACCUGGCAAGACACAGCCUCACUCACACGGGUGUGAAACCUUAUGCUUGCACCAUGUGUGACAAGAGGUUUUUUCAGCGCUACCACCUGGCGAGACACAGCCUCACUCAUAUGGGUGUGAAACCUUUUGCUUGUACCAUGUGUGACAUGAGGUUUGUUCAGCGUUACCACCUGGCGAGACACAGCCUCACUCAUACGGGGGUGAAGCCGUAUGCUUGUUCCAUGUGUGACAUGAGGUUUAUUCAGCGUAACCACCUGGAGAGACACAGCCUCACUCAUACGGGAGAGAAGCCAUUUGCUUGUGACAUGUGUGAUAUGAGGUUUAUUCAGCGCUACCACCUUGAGAGACACAAGCGUGUCCAUAGUGGAGAGAAGCCUUACCAGUGUGAACGGUGCCAGCAGAACUUUUCACGCACAGACCGACUGUUGCGACAUCGGCGGUUGUGCCAGGGGCGCAGCGUAGCCAAAGUAGAGAACCAGCCCUGUUGCGAACCACGCCCAUAUCCCCAAGAACCCCCACCUGCACCCCCAACCUGGAGUCCCCUGCAUCCACCUCCGGGUCGGCUGGCGGUCUGACAUUCCACCUUCCCUGCAUCCACAACGCCGCCAGAGACGGGACAAGCCACAGGGUUUCUUCUCAGCUCUGUGCAGAGUGCUGAAACAUUCUAGCACAGACUGAUCUUGCAGCUCGAGUCUUGGGAUUAAGAGUGACAGCGGGACAUUUGUGUUUUUGUUGACUUUUUACUGUGUUUCUGUUUCUUCCCAUUUUUUAAAAUGAGACUUUUCUGUGAUAAACAGUGGUCCUGUUUUGUACUUAAUCUAUUUGAUUUUUGCAACAAAAAAAAAAGUUUAUUGUUCAAAAAUAUCUGCAUUUGGUGGUACUCGGGCAGGGAAUGGGUCAUUGUGUGACAAGGUGGUGAAGAAAAGUAUUUGAGCUUCUUUCUAAUUUCUUUUAGGUGGCCUAUUUUGACUGAAAAGCAUCAAAAUAUAUUUCCAUUUUAGGUCAGAAUUAUUAAAACUGAACUUUUCUUCCACAUAAAGCAAGGAAACUAUGUUGGCGUUUCAUGUACGGACCAGAGUUUACUUACCUUGCAUUGAAGAAUGUUGAGCAUAAAGACAGGUCACUGAAGUAUUAUCUAGUGUUAAACUGAUUUGAUGCAAAACUUGGGACCUUUUCAGCUCAGAAGGGUCCAGUUUUAAUGAUUACUUUGUGAGUAAUAGUGUUCAAGUAAAUUGGAAUUAGGCUCGAAUGCUGUCAGUUGCCACUGUUGCAGUCGAAUCCUGAGAAAACCCGGGGAACUUUGUGUGACAUAUAAAACUAAUAUCAGUAACUGUAAACCAGGAAUUCCGAGAAAUGAAAGGGCAACCUGCAGUCGACUAGGUGUGUGUGUCAAACGUGUGUCGGGUCACAGAGGGUCACGCGUUUAUCUCUUGACGAGGUGGGGCAGGACGGCCUCAGCAAGCUCUCCUUCCACAUGUACUUAGAGGAUGUGGUGGUGUUCAGCUGUAAAUAUACAGAGAUCUGCAGUUCUAUAGCAGGAAAUCUCCUCUGCUCGCUCGCUCGCUGCGUAGCUCCUGGUAUAAAGUGAUGCAGGUUGGCCACUUGAAGUCCAGCAAUGUUGUUUGUACAGAUCACUUUGUGAGAUUAGUGGGCGUAUACAAAAUCUUGUGGCCUUAGUAUGUUUCUGUUCUCCCUUUUUUUUUUUUUUUUUUUUUUUUGUUUUUCCAUUUGCCUUUUUCUCAGCUGUUUAUUAUUGUGGAUCAGAUGUAUUUACUAGCCUUUCAUCAUCAUCAUAUUAUUUUCUAUCCUUAAGCUGUCAUGGUUACUGAAUGUGGAUGGAUUCAGUGGCACUGAACCAGACUAAUGUGCUCUUCUGUUGAGAAGUCAUAUUUAUGGUGAUAACUGAAUAUUUUGGGUCAUAGUUACUGGUAAUGGUGUAACACGAAAUAUAAUCCUAAAGGAGGCCCUUUGCGAGUUUGACGGUCCUUGUGAGAAGUCAGUUGUGCUACACUUGUUUUUCCCGCUGCGGUGCUUUGGCUGGUCGCAGGCCACGGCAGAAUCAGCACUUGCUUGACUCUGCUGCAAACUAACAACUGCCUUUUCAUCCAAAUAUUCUGUGGUUGGUGUGUCAUAACGGAUGCCUGUCACGUCAUUGGGUUUAGCCUUAAGUUGCAGAUACAUGAAUAGUCAUUGUAGUACUAAAUGAUAGAGUAACAAACAGUUUCUUUUACCUAUGAAGUUUGAAAGUACUUGGUACAGCAAGGACAGGCCCGAUGAGGGGCACUUUGCUGCUUUUUAAUGAAUUUCUCAAACUCGCUCCUUUCUGUGAUUGGUAAACUUGUGAUCAUGUUGUCCUGUUGUUUAAUCCAGAAAUGUCAGUGCGAUGUGGGAUGAAAAAAAUCUGUCGGUAACUAUGGUCUUAUUCGGCUAAUACUGAGUGGUCCAGAUAAAACCAUGUGGGGAUGGAGUCCUGCGGUGCUUUACGUGGGCUGUGAAUUGUAGGAUGAAGAGAUGUUUGUGUUCAAUACAGAUACGUGGCAGACUGAGUUAAGUCAUGUUUUACCAAAAGUAUUAAUGAGAAGCUUCCUUUUUAAAUGGUCAAUUGAUAUCAAAUCAGUGUGUACAAAGAUGGGGUUCUGUUAUAAGCAACUUGGCCUGAUUUAAAACUUUAAGAGCAGAGGGGGCCAAGUUUGAGAAAUGCAAUACUCUGCUGUGGAAACACUAUUCCCACUCCGUGGAAGGGACACUUCUGGUGAGAGCACAUACUGAAAACGGCAAAAGGGCAAUACAGUAUAUAGUUGAUGUCACUUGUUAAUAUGGUUUUUUUGUUUGUUUGUUUUUUUUAGUCAUUUAUUGUUUUUAGUAUUCUCAUUGUAAAAUGAAAUAGAAUCCUGUUGUAAGAUUGAGGUUUUAAUUUUAUUUUAAUUUUUUUUCCUUUUUACAGACAGAUCAAAGGAGGGUUUUUUUUUGUUUGUUUUUUUUAGUCUGCAAGUUUCUCAUCACAUUUUUGAUGAUUGUUUAAGGACCUUUUUUUAUUCUGAAGAAAUUGUAAACACUGGAGUGAAAGGAAAAAAGACAAAAAAAGAGAUGGAUAUUUUUGUCCUUCAAUCUGUACUAGAUUUUAGGUUUUAGACAAAGCCUAUUUCUCCUCAACUCGACACAGAAGGCGGCGGAGAGAACAAUUUGGAUCAGUACAGUUGAGAGCCCAGUAUGUUCAGUGAUUUUGACACUAGAGGCAGUAGUACCACAAGAAAAUGUUUUCUUUCUUAUACAAAGUCCCUGGUAUUUGUAGUAAAUUAUAUUGAUAAUGGUAUUAGAUGAACAACAGCAUAACAGUAGCUAUCACAGAUUAGUUGUUUUCUUUAUUAGUCUUGCAUGCAGAGUUAUGGUCCUCAGUUAAGUUAGGAUCUUGAUAUUGAUUAUUUUGUGUAGGAAAAUGAGUGCAUAAGAAUAACUUCCUAAAAAAAAUGUUACAAUGAUUAAUGUAAAAUGGGCUAACUAAUAUGUACCCUUGUGAUCCAAUUAGUUUCAACUGUAUGAAAAUCAGAGGAGAGGCUUCUUACUAUUAUGCUGAAAUAAUAAAAAAAAAAGAAUUUGUAAAGGAAUAUGAUUUUUGUGUUUUUGAUCCUGGUUAAGUAAAGAAACAUAAACAACUGUGCAUUUCAUAUGCUACUCAUUUUAUUUAAAAUGCAGAUGGUUUCAUGUUUUAAAAAUGCAACACAAAUGCACCCCAUUCACUUCUACUUCACACAACAGUGCUUCU